UUGAAACUCAAAACAAACGCCAAAACCCCCAAAUUCACAAAUCCCUAAAAUCCAACCAUGACCACCGUAACUGCACAAUCUCCACCACCACCACCACCACCACCGUCAUUCUCUUCGCUUUCAACAACAAACGCCUCACACGAAUUCUUGAUCGAAGGCUACUCACUGACCAAGGGAAUGGGAAUCGGAAAACACAUUGCAAGCGAAGUUUUCACCGGCGGAGGGUAUGAAUGGGCAAUCUACUUCUAUCCCGACGGCAAGAAUCCGCAGGAUAAGUCUGAAUUUGUUUCUGUUUACGUCACGUUGGAGAGUGAAGUUACUAAUGUUAGAGCGUUGUUUGAACUCAAGCUUCUUGAUCAGAGUGGUAAAGGGAAGCAUAAGGUCCAUAGCCAUUUUGUUCCGCCGCUUCAGACUGUUCCUUAUACUCUUAAGCAGAAGGGUAGUAUGUGGGGGUACAAGCGAUUUUUCAGACGGGCAUUGCUUGAAAGCUCUGAUUUCCUCAAGAAUGACUGCUUGAAAUUCAACUGUACUGUUGGAGUCGUGAUUUCUGCUACUGAUUGUCCACCACUUAAAUCUAUUCACGUCCCAAAAUCUGACAUUGUAUCACACUUUGGUGCACCAUUGGAGAACAUAGAAGGUUCAAAUGUUACUAUUGACGUUGCUUCAGAUACUACUGAACCCACUAUUGACACAAGUGAUUGGAGAACUCAAAUACAACCUGAUCAACGCCAUAGAAUCGUCAACAAAAUAAUGGACACGUUAAGAAAAUAUCAUCCUAUUUCUGGUUCUGAGGGAUUACUUGAACUUCGGAAGCUUGCUCAAAGGUUUGAAGAUAAGAUCUAUACUGAUGCGGCAAGCCAGUCUGAUUAUUUGCGAAAAAUAUCUUUGAAAAUGGUAACAAUGGAGAAUAAAUCUCAAAACACCAUGGCCAACAAUUUGCCAUCAAAUGAAGGUGGUCCCAGAAAUAAUCUGCCCGGUCAAGGACAACAACAUCCUAAUCCUUUGCCUAGUCAGCAUCAGCUAUCUCAAACCAUUCAAAAUAAUGCUGCACCUCAACCUAACCUUCCAUCAGUAUCGGCUCUACCCCAGAUUCCGAUCCAGAAUAUUAGCCAAAAUUCUAACACUCAACAACCUGGGCAAGAUUCUAUGAGUAACACUAUUGGCCAGAAUUCCAAUGUACAGAGUAUGUUUCCUGAUUCUCAGAGGCAAAUGCCAAGUAGGCAGCAAGUUGUUCUCCAACAGCAACAGCAACAAUCACUGAAUCAACAACAGAUUCUUCACCAACAGCAGCUUCUGAAACCAAAUCAGCUGCAAUCUUCUCAACAAUCUGCUAUGCAAACAUCAUUGGCUAUGCAGCCUUUGAUGAUGCAAUCAUCUCUAUCCAGACUUCUACAGAAUCAGCAACAGAUUCUUUACCAACAGCAGCUUAUGAAUUACAACCUGUCUCAUAUGCAGCAGCAGCAACACCAGCAACAGCAGAACAUUCUGCAGGCAAAUCAGCUGAAAUCUUCUCAACAGUCUGUUAUGCAAACAUCAUCGGCUAUGCAGUCCAGUCUUCAACAGCAACAGAUUCUUUACCAGCAUCAGCUUCUAAAGCAUAAGCUGUCCCAGAUGCUGCAGCAGCAACACCAGCAGCAAUUGAUGAUGACGACGAUGAUGAUAAUGAUGACGUUGAUGAUGAUGGUGGUGAUGAUGAUGAUGAUUUGAGAGUGGAGAAUUUUGGGUUCAAAUAAUAAUUUUUUUUAUGCAUUUUAACAUUUCUGGUCUUUUUCUUUAGAGUUCUUUCCUACUCUAAUCGUUCUUACCUUAUAAUAAAGCAAACUUAGUUUUAUGGCAAAUGUGAUAUUUGUCAUUUAAUUAUAGUUGUUAUCUCUUCUAGUCAAGAUAUUAUUGAAAGAUUUAUAAAUAAUAUUGUUUGGCCCCUUUAAUCAA